ACAGGGUUCAAAACGCAGGAGGCGUUCAAAACGGGGGGAGAACGAAACGAAUACGAAAGAAUAGGUAAAGUUGAUGUCUGAACUCUGAACUGUCAAAUUGAGACACCUCAACUAGAAAUUCGUGUUAUUUGUGAGCGAAAUUAUCAAACAAGAAGCAUGAACAAGAAAGGCUUAUCCAUUUUGAUGCGAAUCAGAAUGAGGCCCAACCGCCCUGCCAAGCUCUCUCUCUCCCCUCUCACUAACGAGCUAAACCAAACGCAAACGAAUUCUCAAGGAAACCAAUCCGCUUCGAGCAAUACCGAAAGGGAAUUUGAGCUUGUACGGGAGUCGAUGCACUCGGCGAUAUCGAUGAACAAAGCGGAGGUUCUCGAUGCGGUGCUUAAUGAUUUUUCGGCGGGUUAUUUUAACCUUGAUCAUGAAAACCGCCGGAGAUUGCUUCUAGCACUCGCGAAAGAGUACGAUCUUAAUAGGACACAAGUCCGUGAAUUGAUAAAGCAGUAUCUUGGACUUGAGCCACCUAGUGGCGAGAAUGCUCAAUCGAUUGGACUAGAGGAGGAAGGCUUGCUCUCGGCUUUCUAUCGUACUGAGCGUAAUUUGAGACACGCUCUCAAGCCGGUGUAUGAGGUUCUCUUUGAGCGACUCAACACGCAUCCUGGAGGGUUGAGGUUCUUGUCCAGUCUUCGAGCCGAUAUUCUAUCCAUUCUAGCAGAGGAAAAUAUUGCAUCUUUGCGGGCAUUGGAUUCCUAUUUAAAGGAGAAACUUAGUACGUGGCUUAGUCCUGCUGCCUUAGAGCUUCACCAAAUUACAUGGGAUGAUCCUGCUUCUUUGCUGGAGAAAAUUGUGGCUUAUGAGGCUGUGCACCCAAUCAGUAAUCUUUUAGAUCUUAAGAGAAGGCUGGGUGUUGGUCGUCGUUGUUUCGGAUAUCUACAUCCGGCAAUACCUGGUGAACCCCUUAUUUUCAUUGAAGUUGCACUUCUGAAGAACGUGGCUCAAACAAUACAGGAAGUUUUGUGGGAUGAUCCUCCUAUAUCUGAAUGUGAGGCAACAUGUGCAUUAUUUUACUCUAUAUCAUCAACUCAGGCUGGCUUAUCAGGGAUCAACCUAGGAAAGUUUCUGAUUAAACGUGUGAUAACAUUGGUGAAAAGAGACAUGCCGCAUAUAUCUACAUUUGCAACUCUCAGCCCCAUCCCAGGGUUCAUGCAAUGGCUCCUAUCUAAGUUGGCAUCUCAAUCAAAGCUUGCUGAAGCAGAAGACAUGUCACUGUCAUCAGCAGAUGGAUCAGGUUCCACUUUCUGGGAGAACAUACUUGAACCGGAGGAGGAAAAAGUGAUUAUGGAUUCAUCUGAGGGUGUUGCUGCUGGGAAAAAUGGCAUGGAAGUGAUGUUGAAUUUGCUGAGUUCAACAAACUAUGAGUGGACCAAUUCGGCUGAAUUGCUUUCAGUAUUAAAACCCCCUCUAAUGCGACUGUGUGCCAGGUACCUUCUGCAAGAGAAAAAAAGAGGAAAAGCUUUAGAUUCUGUUGCAAAUUUUCACUUGCAAAAUGGAGCGAUGAUGGAAAGAAUAAAUUGGAUGGCAGAUCGAUCAGAAAAAGGUCUUCGUCAAAGUGGAGGUGUCAUGGUUAAUUAUGUAUAUAGGCUGGAGAAUAUAGAAGAAUAUGCUCAAUUAUAUUUCAGCAAAGGGCAUAUCCAUGCUUCAGCUGAUCUCCGUCGGUAUGUUGAGCCAUUGGAGGAACAUGGAGAAAAAACAGAUUAAGUAGGAGGUUUCCCUGAAGAGAUUUUAAGUAUAUGAUUUUGUCUCAAUAUAUAGUUUAGAAAUGUCUGAAUGAAGGAGAAUUUAAACAGAUUUAUCUGUAAAUUUCGGACACAUCUAUAUAGAGGAUAAACCAGCCAAUGGCUUUACCGUUA